AUAAGAAGUACAGCAUUUUUGUAGUGUGAUACCUAUUUUUUCUGUAUAUGUUUAUUACGAAUAAUUUUACAGCUGUAAGAAUAAUUCUAUAAAAGUACUGUUGUAAUUGCUCAGAAAAUAUAAUCCACCAUGUCUAUGCAGUGCCAGUUAUGGAUGGGCAGUUUAGAGCCAAACAUGACCGAGAGCUUUAUAAUGGCUGCAUUUCACAGGAUGGGCCAGCGGCCCCUGGCCGUUAAAGUUAUGAGAAACAAAUUCACAGGAGAGCCAGCUGGAUAUGCUUUUGUACAUUUUCAGAAUGAUGAAGAAGCAAUAGACACAAUGCACAAGCUGAAUGGAAAGCCAAUCCCUGGUACAUUCCCUGUAGUUCGCUUCAGACUCAACACUGCAUCAAGAGAGGCACGGUCGAAUUUGCAAAAUGAGAGAGAGUUUUCUGUCUGGGUCGGAGACCUUAGUCCUGAUGUUGAUGAUUACUCCCUAUACAGAGUGUUUGCAUCUAAAUAUACCUCCAUUAAAACAGCCAAAGUAAUAUUGGACAACUCUGGCUACACAAAAGGCUAUGGUUUUGUAAGGUUUGGCAAGGAGGAGGAACAGAGAAAUGCCCUAUAUGCUAUGAAUGGAUACACGGGCCUGGGAACUAAACCACUCAAGAUUUGUACAGCAGUGCCUAAACCGAAGGGAGCUGUCACCACACAAGCACAAUCCAAUUCCUCAGCGACAGGACCUGCUUAUAGCAGUGGAACGGAUUUCAGUCAGUAUUAUGACCCAACGCAAUACUGGCAGAACUACUCGGCGUGGUCUUACUACGGGCAGGACCAGGCAACCAACACGACCGUCACAACCACCCCCUCAGUAGACACACAGGCUACUAAACAAAAUGAUGAAUUGGCUCUUGUUGAUCACAAGAGGACUGUUGAUGUAGAUAAAAUGAACGAAGAAUUUUUGGACAGAGAACUUGGACUCUGGGACUCCAUAGAGGCUUCGCACUGGUUCACCAACGAACUGAUUGAGACACACUAGUGACAAUGAUUAUUUUUUAUUGAAUAUAAUUUAAACAUAACAAA